CUUGACCUCACCUCGACUCCAUGAGCGACGACACGCCGACGCCGACGCCGACGCCCCACCUCGACGAGGCGGCUGUGACUGAAGUGCAGCAAGCAGAGGGAGUCGAGCCCGAGCUGGUGGCCUGGAUGCGGGAGCAGGUUGCGAACGAGGUGGCGAGGGUGAAGGAGGAGCAUGGACAGGCUGUGCUCCCGCUCAAGGUCAAGAACUUUGCCAUCAUCCGCAAGUCGUCGACCAAGGUUGUCAAUCGCAUCGAGUUUGAUACGGCGUGGGACUUUGAUAAUGUGACUCAGAUCCUCGUCUCGGAGCCCAUCGAUGUCCCGCCAGCACUCAAGCCCAAGGCCAAGUACAUCCAGCUUGUCCUCCUCUGCGACAAGCCGCUCCCGCUCCUUGCUCCCUACAUCUACUCUACCUCGCACAAGAACAACGAUCUGCAUCACUGGCUCUUCAUCAACAACAAGCUCAAGCACUCGAUGCACGAGGUCGAGGCCUACGUCUGAGCCACCUUGCCUAUCGGCCCUCCCCGGCCAUAGCAGAGCUCUCUCGCCCGCCCAAUCACCCGCUCACCAGCCGAGCUGCUGCGCCGCCCCGUUCCGUGGCCCACGACCUUUUUUCCUGGCCCACCCCGCCCGGUCGCCGCCACACCUCUCAUCCCCACCGCACCCAUCAUGGACGACGAUACGAACCGCAAGCGGAGCCGCGACGGUGAAGUCACGUCUACUAGCGACGACGACAACCUCAGCAUGGCGGCUGGUCACAGGAGCAAGCGUGGCAAGCUGCUCUCGCCUCCCCGUCGCGCCCUCCGGCUGGCGAGUUGGGCCUUGAAGACCUUUUGCGUGAUCCGGCGAGUGAUCAACCACUCGCGCCGGCCCCCCCGCCAUGCCGCCGGUUGGCGAUCCUGUGGCCCUAGCCAGCGAGUGUACGUGCUAGGGGGACGAAGACGGGGAGGGGGUGCAGCUAUUUGCCUCUCACUCACCCUGAUGUGGUGCCUCGCCGUUCUGCUCCUGCGUUAGUCGACGGCAUCACCGACGACAUCUUUCGCCUCUCGCGCCAAGUCGACCAAGUGGCCAGCGACGACGCGGCGUCGCUUGAUCUUCUCGCCAGCGUCUUCAACGUGGCCGGUGGCGACAAGACCGAGGCCGGCGCCUUCUUUGGCGCUUUUGCCCAUGCUGCCGCUACCGCCCUCGACGCGUUUCACGCCAAGACCCAAUCGCUCAUGACCGAACUCGCCGAGCGCCACGCCCGAGCCAAGGAGCUCCACGACGAGAUCGCCGCCAUCACAGGCAACCUGCGGUCGAUGAUGGCUGUGCUCGGGCCAGCGGCCUCUAGCGCGCUUGCGCUCGGGGCGCAGCCGUCCGCACCGCCAGCUAACGUGGCAGGCCCGUCUGCAGCUGUCCCGCCCGUCC